AUGACCGACUUAGUGCAGUGGCACUCACGUACAACAAUGGAACAGAAGAAGAGAAGAGAACAAACAGAAAGCGAGAAAGAUAUUAGAACCAAACGACGACAUGUAGCCGACCCGCGCACUCCAAGUUCUGUUUGUGGUGUUGCAGAACUACCGAGAAUGUCUUCUUCGAAGUGCUUGGUGGACAGUGCAGAAAUCUCCAUUGAAAAGAUAUUCGAAGACAAGUUUGCGCGACGCGAAAUUCUGUCGUUACCAGUCCAGUGUACAAACCAAAGCGACGGCUGCAAUUGGACAGGAGAACUGGGACAUCUAGAGGACCACGAGGCUCAAUGUCCGUAUACCAAGGUUCAGUGUAUGUAUCCCAGUUGUGGAGUCCUGGUGCUGAGAGGAGACUUAUCCCGGCACCUUGAAGCAGCCUGUAUGUUUAGACAGCAGCAAUGUCAGUACUGCAAGUUUGUGACAACAGCUGACCAGCUUAAGGAACACGAAGAGAAUGAUUGCGAGGAAUACCCGGUGGACUGUCCAAAGUGUUCAACUGUAAACCUCCCACGAAAGCAGCUUUCAAGCCACCUUGAUGCUGUUAAUGGUGACUGUGAAGCUGUUGAGGUGCUCUGUGCUUUUGAGAGCAUAGGAUGCAAACAUGGAAAGGAUGUGCGAGGACGGACACAAAAGAAACUAUCGUCCUCCAUUUACAAACACUACCAUCUCGAACAUAAUGGUGAGAUACCAGUCUUGAGUUGUGUGCGUGACUGCGCAGAUCAGAAGACGCGGAGAAGGAGGACCGUGAUCAUGAGUUUACCGAAUGAGUGGCCGAUAUUUUUUAAUUUAGUUGAUGACUUUCUUCAUGAAUGUGAAAGUCGAAUUCAUGAAUGUGAAAGUCAGGAUUACCGUGUUUUGGAAGGUCUCCUUGAACGUCUUCAAAGUGUACGCAGUGGAUGUAAACGAGUCGCCAACUCGCUAGGAUUUACUGCUCAGAAUUCUGCUUCCUGCUGGAUUGGAAACGAUUUGGGAGAUCAAAAUUCUCUCUGA